AAACUGAAGUCAUUUCAGAUCCAAAUAGUAAAACGAUAACCGGUUUCGCUAAUGAGCGGGGACGGAGCUCUUCGGCUCGCCGGCAGAUCUGUGACUCGACGUGAUUUUCUGAACGCAAGUUUCUAGAUCCGGGCUGUCGUACCAGUGACUACGGAGGUCCGGAAAAUGGAGACCGAGAAUGCGGAGGAGCUCGCAUCGUCGACGGCUCCCACUCUCCUUCCACUCGCCUCUGCCGCGCAGCAGCCAUAUGUGUCGGAGCUCCUUUCUUUCACACUCGAUCGUCUAAACAAGGAACCGGAGCUUCUUCAGGUGGAUGCGGAGCGAAUUCGGAGGCAAAUACAAGAGGUGGCAGUGGGCAACUACCGAGCUUUCAUUGCCGCCGCCGAUGCGUUGCUUGCAAUUCGAGAAGAAGUAUCUUCCAUCGAUAAGCAUCUUGAAACUUUGAUAUCUGAGAUUCCAAAUUUGACAUCGGGUAGCACAGAGUUUAUUGAAUCUGCGGAACAGAUUCUGGAGAAGAGGAAGAUGAACCAGAUAUUGCUAACACAUCACAGUACUCUGCUUGAUUUACUUGAAAUUCCUCAGCUUAUGGAUACGUGUGUAAGAAAUGGAAAUUAUGAUGAAGCUCUUGACUUGGAAGCAUUUGUCGCAAAACUUUCAACUAUGCACCCUAAAGUACCAGUUAUUCAAGCACUGGUGUCAGAAGUCAGGCAAACCACCCAAUCUCUUCUUUCUCAACUUCUCCAAAAACUUCGCUCAAAUAUUCAGCUGCCUGAAUGUCUCCGCAUCAUUGGAUAUCUACGUCGAAUUGGAGUAUUUAGUGAAUAUGAAAUGCGUUUACAGUUUUUAAGAUGCCGAGAGGCAUGGCUUACUGGAAUUCUCGAAGAUCUUGACCAGAGAAAUGCUUAUGAAUAUUUGAAAGGAAUGAUCAAUUGUCAUAGGACACAUCUUUUUGACGUUGUUAACCAAUAUCGAGCUAUAUUUGCGGAUGAUACGUCCGGAAAUGAAGAAAACUAUGACAGUGGGCUUCUUUUUAGUUGGUCUAUGCAUCAGAUAACUUCUCACUUGAAGACACUCAAAAUAAUGCUCCCAAAGAUAACAGAAGGUGGAUCUCUAUCAAAUAUAUUGGAACAGUGCAUGUACUGUGCUAUGGGACUUGGCUGGGUUGGAAUGGAUUUUCGUGGUUUGCUUCCUCCACUUUUUGAAGAGGCAGUUCUCAAUUUAUUUUCAAAAAAUAUGGGUACUGCAGUUGAUAAUUUUCAGUUAGUUCUGGAUUCCCAUCGUUGGGUCCCACUACCAGCUGUUGGCUUUCCGGCAACUACUAUUGGUGAGGAAAGUCAGGAAGACGUGACUCCACCUUCAUAUUUGAUGGAACAUCCACCUCUUGCUGUUUUUGUGAAUGGUGUAUCGGCAGCUAUGAACGAACUUCGCCAUUGUGCCCCUUUGAGUUUGAAACAUGUGAUAGCUCAAGAACUAAUAAAAGGAUUGCAGGCUGUUUCGGAUUCUUUAUUGAGAUACAACACAACUCACAUGCUAAAAGAUAAUGAGUCUGGACUUUUCCUCCAGCUUUGCCGCGCAUUCAUAGAGGUUGCUUAUCCCCAUUGUGCUACUUGUUUUGGCCGCUGUUAUCCGGGCGGGGCGACGAUUAUAUUGGACGCGAAAAGUUUGUAUGAAGGCAUCGGCCGCCUAUUGACCGUCUCUUCCUCAAGAAACCUCCCGAAAAUGGUCAGUAACGCCGAAGAGAAUAACGCUACAGAAAAUGGUGAUAUGCCUGCGCUGGACAAUGGAGCUUCAUCGGAUGCUGAUAAGGACCAGAAAAGCCCUUCCUUGCAGAGUAAUGAAAAACAUAGCGAAGGUGAAGAAGCAGAGCAGAGCAAUUAAAUUCAACAACCUACACUUGAUUUUGCAUCCCUACACUUGAUUUUGCGUCUAUUCUUUUAAACCUUCAUUUGUAAUUAUUUUCAGUAAAAGUUAGCAGUUAUAUAGUGUAUGUUAUAGGAAACAGGGAGAGUUCAUUUCCAAAAGGGAAAAAGCUGAAAAUAAGUGUUUGAUUCUUGAAUCGUCCUAGAAAUGCUUUAUUUGAUUGAAUUGUUCGCCUUGA